UUAUCAUACUUGUUAUUUAUUACUCGUUGCCACCAUGAGUAACAAUCGUACAAUGACGAAAACCUUGGCACUCUACAGCCUUACAAUGGCCUUCUUUUUCCUAUCUGGUGCUUACUCUGCUAGAAUAACUUUCACAAACAACUGUCUAAAUACUGUUUGGCCAGGAACCCUAACUGCGGAUAACCAACCGCAAUUAUCUAAUACUGGAUUUGAGUUAUCAUCUAAAGCAUCCUUAUCAUUGGAUGCCCCACCUCUCUGGAAAGGUUGGUUUUGGGCCCGAACCGAAUGCUCUACCGACUGCUCUGGAAAGUUCACUUGUGCUACUGCUGAAUGUGGUACUGGUCAGGUUGCGUGUAAAGGUAAUGGUGCAAUCUCGCCAGUUUCUUUAGUGGAAAUCACCAUAGCAGCAGAUGGUGGACAGGAUUUUUACCACGUUAGCCUUGUAGAUGGGUUCAACUUGCCUAUUUCGGUAGCCACACAUGGUGGGUCUGGUUAUUGCAGGGCCUCGAGCUGUCCAACCAACGUGACCAUGGCAUGCCCAACAAAGCUUCAAAUGAAAGGGUCUGAUGGGAGAGUGCUUGCUUGUAAGAGUGCAUGCACUGCUUUCAAUAAGCCAAACUAUUGUUGCACUGGCACUUUUAAUACUCCACAAACAUGUCCACCUACAGACUAUUCUCGUCUAUUUAAGCAGCAGUGCCGUCAAGCUUAUAGCAAUGCUUAUGAUGAUCCAGACAGCACAUUUACCUGCUCUGGUAGACCUGAUUACCUUAUUACCUUCUGUCCAUGAAUUAAAGAGAGGAAUUAUGUGUUCCCUAUUCUCUAAUAGUAGCAGGAAACUAUUAAGUUUCAUUACAAAAGAAAAGAAACUAUAUUAAGUUUCAUGUAUUAAGGCACAUGUUAAAUAAAUGAAGGGAACAUGAAUAUAUAUAUAUAUAUAUAUAUAUAUUGUUUCUUUUGAUAAA